AAAAUCUAAUGAGGCCCCUUAAGAACUAUGGAAUUGCAUGCAUGUCUAUGGGUUUCUUGAUAGAAGAGACUGCCCCGGUUGUGUGGAGAGGGCUCAUGGUAAUGUCAGCUGUUGAGAAAUUGUUGAGACAGGUUGACUGGGGUCAACUGGACUAUUUAGUAAUUGACAUGCCACCUGGGACUGGAGAUGUACAGCUGUCAGUCUCACAGAAUAUUCCAAUUGCAGGAGCUGUGAUCGUUUCCACUCCACAAGAUGUGGCUUUAUUGGAUGCACGCAAGGGAGCUGAAAUGUUUAGAAAAGUCCAUGUACCUGUUUUAGGACUGGUUCAAAAUAUGAGUGUUUUCCAGUGUCCCAAGUGUAAGCAUGAGACACACAUUUUCGGAGCUGAUGGUGUAAGAGAGCUAGCAAAAGCCCUUGGGUUGGAUAUUUUAGGAGACAUUCCACUACACGUUAAUAUACGGGAGACGUGUGAUUCAGGACAGCCUGUUGUGAUCUCGCAGCCUCAAAGUGAUGCC